UUUUUCCUCAAGUAGCGGGCAAUCGUGGAGGACUAAACCCAUGGCCACUGCUUCCUGCAGGGUUCAAUGUGGGAGCAAGGAGAGACAGUUUAUAGAAAGCCAUGAUGUGUUAGGAUGAAUAAGUAACAGAACUGCCAAGGUUGACCCACUGUCAGUAUGAUGCCUGAAUUGUUGUCUGCUACAUCCCAUAACAAGUGAAAGCUCUGACCCAGGAGGAACCAUGGCUUUCGAGGAGAUCAAGGGUAAAGGAGGCAUCGACGUGGGGAUGGAGAGUGAGAGGGGCCUCGUGGCCGGACGUAGCCAGAGAGAGAAGAGGAGGUCGUACAAGGAUCUGUUGAGGGAGGAGGAGGAGAUUGCCGCACAGGUGCGAAAGUCUUCCAAGAAACGUCCAAAGGAUUCGGAGCUCUUCAUGCUCGGAGGAGACUCGCACAAAAAGAAGAAAAAGCAUAGCGAUGACUACUACUACAGAGACCACGACGGCCCCCCUCCCCACAAGAAGAAGCACAAGUCCACAGACCGCUCGCCGACUCUUUCCUCGCCCUCCUCGUCCCACCCGACGGACACGGCGAUGGGGCUCCUCCAGGCCAUCACGUCUCCUCUGGCCACGGGCUCGGACCCGAGCCCCCACCUACACAAGAAACCCUCCUACCCCUCGCUCUCCUCGCACUCGUCCAAGGACCGCAAGCGCGACAGCAGCGGGAGCAAGAGCAGCCACUCCUUCUCCCACUCCCGGCCCGCGUCUUCCUCCUCGUCCUCCUCCAAGAAGCACUCGUCGUCCUCCUCGAAGUCGUCCCUCUUCCACGGCGGAGCCCCCAAGGAGGAGCCCCUGACGCUGCGCGAGGCCGACGGGCUGAAGAUGAAGCUCAUCAUGUCGCCGGAGAAGGAGGAAGGCGAGAGCUUCCCGUUCACGCCGCACUCCUCCAAAGGAGGCGGGAAGAAGGAGAAGGACAGGGAGCGGACGCAGCUUUCGAAGUCGCCGAAGAAGAAGAUGCAGCAGAGCAGAGACCCGCUGCCCGUGGUGGGGAAAGAGGUGGAGGUGGAAGGUCAUUAUGGAGGAGGCCUGGGAGAUGAAAGCUCUUCUUCUGGGGGAGAACUGGAGGCGGGUGAACUGGUCAUAGACGACUCGUAUACACAUCUGUCGAAGAAGAAGAAGAAGAGCAAGAAGAGCAAAAAGAAGAAGGACAAAGAAAAGGACAGAGACAAGGAAAAGAGCGGGAAGGACAAGAAGCACAGCAAAGGAUUUGGAGACUCAUCGAGGAGCCACGGUCACUCCCAUCCCACGGUCACCCACAGCGCCGUGGGCCCGAUGUACGCCAUGGGCACCCCCAUCCCUCCACACCAGCCCCACCACCACCACCACCACCACCACCAAGGCAGCGACGUCGUGACGGAGAAGAAGAAGAAGAAGGAGGAGAAGGACAAAGAAAAGCACGAGAAGGAAAAAGAGAAGCCCAAGAAGAAGAACACGACAGCGUACCAGGUGUUCUGCAAAGAGUACAGAGUCAACAUUAAUGCAGAACAGCCUGGACUAGUGUUUGGUGAACUCAGCAAAAGGCUGGCGGAGGUGUGGAAGGCGAUGCCCGAGAAGGACAAACUAGUCUGGAGGCAGAAAGCUCAGUAUCUGCAGCACAAACAGAACAAAGCUGAGGCCACGACCGUCAAACACAAGACGUCCAGCGAGAGCAAAAGCAAAGUUGUAGGAACGGGAUCAGGGAUGGUGUCUCCGAGCAGAGCGUCCGGCACCGUGUCUCUGUCCCCGGCUCGGGUCCCAGACGUCGACCCCAUCGAUGCCGCCGCUCACCUGCAGCUCUUAGGAGAGUCCCUGUCCCUGAUCGGACACCGGCUACAAGAAACGGAGGGGAUGGUGGCGGUGUCUGGAAGUCUGUCUGUUCUUCUGGACUCCAUCUUGUGUGCCUUGGGCCCGUUGACCUGUCUCACAGCGCAGAUACCACAGUUAAACGGAUGUCCUCGAAAUGUCCUGUCAAAUACGUUGGACAACAUCGCCUACAUCAUGCCUGGACUGUGAGUGAAGGAUCGAUCCGGAGGAACUUGGCGUCAAAGACUCGACAGAUUUGUCCGGACUUUAAUUUAAGCCACAGCUUGGCAUCUGAACAUUUGGAUAUUUCUAGCGUCGACCUGUUUUUAAAGUGUAUUUUUUUAAAAAAAACAAACCCUUUUUCCCCUCUCUCUUAAUUUUGUAAUUGCUGUAUUUUUAAACAAACCUUUUACUGAACAUCUUUUCCAGCACGUCGGCUUAGUUUUACUGUUACUGUACAGCGGUCUGUUUUAUGAAAGGGUGCCUGUAUGUACUGAUCUGGAUAUGUGUAGUUUGUGUAGCUGUUUAAGGACCAACGUGUCGGAUUAACUGGCAUCACAGCCCAGUUGGUCUGAUGAUGGGUUGUUGAGAAUAAAGAGAAAAAAAAAAAGAAAUCUGAAAUUGUGUUGGACCACAUAAUCCGGUCUUGAUUGGGAUCUAGAUUAAACCUCCAGAGUAUUACUGAGAGAAAUCUGGAUUUCAGGAAUCAAAUGUAAUAAAACUAGUCAAAUAA